GGCGACCUCAUCAUCAUCUUAGGCGAGAUCAGCUCCAAAGCCAAGGUUGACAUCGAGGCUGUGGUCAGAGAGACGGUGAAGAAGAUUGGUUACGAUGACAUCUCCAAAGGAUUUGAUUACAAGACGUGUAAAGUGGAGCAGAAUAUCGACCAACAGAGCAAUGAAAUCGCUUCUGGAGUUCACGAAAACAAGAACGAGGACGAGAUCGGCGCCGGAGAUCAGGGGCUGAUGUUUGGCUACGCGACCGAUGAGACGGACGAACUCAUGCCCUUAACAGUGGUUUUGUCGCACAAACUCAACGAACGAAUGACUGAUUUGCGGACAAACGGGACGUUCCCGUGGGCCCGACCCGACUGCAAGACUCAGGUCACCUGCGAGUACUACUCCGACAACGGCAGAGCCAUACCCACUCGUGUCCAUACGGUUGUCGUCUCUGUCCAACACUCGGAUGAGAUACCGUUGGAUGAGUUG